UUCCCACGAAUCCCACCCCACAAGAAAAACCACAACCCCCAAAUCCCAACCCUUCCAACAGCGUCGCUAAGAUCAGAUUAGCCAGGCAGAUUGAUCUGCUCAUCUGCCUAGUCCCGCGUGAUCGGACUCCACGCUGCCGAAAUUCCAUCUCUAGUUAAUUGGGCUCCCAACUUUGAUCACACAAGGGCACUGAUAGAUCAUGCAGUGCCCAAUGGAUGCAACAGCAAGCAAAGUCUCCAGGGUUAUACAGUUCCACGACAUUGGCAGUGAGGUCACCUCCGAUUCUUCAUCGACGCCACAUCCAGCAGAGGAACGCUUGCAGCGCCGUUGCUUAAGAAAUGAAGCUGCAGGGGAGUUCCCCCUUGCUGCAAACCCGUCUAUCCUCCUCCAUGUGUUCUCAUCGUGCGACCUGGACCCCAAAGAUCUUGCUGCUCUCGAGGCCACUUGUAAGUUCUUCAGAAAACCUGCAAGUUUUUCACCAGACCUGUCACUGCCUCUUCCGGAGAUUGCGGCAUACGAUAUGUGUCAGAAAAGAGCAAUGUUCAAGAUGAAACAAGAAGAGAAGGAGUUGCUGAAGCAACGUUGCGGGGGUUCUUGGAAGAAUGUCCUUAGAUACAUUUUGGUUGGUGAGAAGAACUACCGACGAGAGAAGUCUCAGGUGGUUGCUGGUCCAGGUCACAGCAUUGUUGUCACAACAAAUGGGGAGGUAUACUCAUUCGGGUCCAAUUGCUCAGGGCAGCUUGGCCAUGGGGAUACAGAAGACAAAUUCAAGCCAUGCCUUAUCAGGUCUCUUCAAGGCAUUAGAAUCACACAAGUUGCGGUUGGGUCAAGGCGAACAAUGCUCGUGAGCAACACAGGAAGUGUCUACAUGUUUGGGCACGACAUCUUUGGGGGCCUGGACAUCUCUGGGACAGCUGAUGUGAAUUACACUAGCACUCCUAAGCUGGUGGAAUCACUGAAGGGUAUCUUUGUAGUGCAAGCCUCUAUAGGAGGCUACUUCUCUGCAGUUCUGUCCAGGGAAGGGCGGGUUUAUACCUUCUCCUGGGGUCGGGCUGAGAGGCUUGGCCAUAGCUCAGAUCUUAUUGAUGUGGAACCGCGUAUCAUAUCUGGACAGCCGCUUGAUGAUGUUCUUGUCGUCCAGAUUGCUGCGGGCAAUUGCUACCUCCUUAUGUUGGCCUACCACCCAACUGGGAUGUCAGUGUACUCUGUGGGCUGUGGUUUAGGAGGCAAGCUUGGGCAUGGAAACAAGAACAAUGAGGGCAUUCCACAGAUGAUUGGUCAUUUUCAGGCAUUCAACAUAUGCCCCAUGUCGAUUUCAGCUGGAGCUUGGCAUGCUGCAGUCCUGAGCUGUGAUGGGCGUGUGUUCACCUGGGGAUGGGGUAACAAUGGCUGCUUGGGGCAUGGAGGUGAAGAAUUCUUUACCCUCCCCACGGCAGUGGAAGGCUUGAGUAAUGUGAAGGCUGUCCAUGUUUCAGCUGGCGAGUACACCACCUUCGUCGUCGCAGACAAUGGUGACGUCUACUCCUUUGGAUUGGGAGAAUCAUUCAAUCUGGGCUUUCAGGAGAGUGCUGCAGUGGAAUAUGAAGAAUCUUUAUCUUUCCUGACCCCCAAGUUCGUCGCUUCACUUGUCAACCUGAACGAGAAGUUUGUUCAGAUUAGUCCAAGCAACACCUGGGAUUGGCUUAACGAGGGAAUGUCUCACACAAUUGCCCUAACUGAAUCUGGUAAGCUUUACACCUUUGGGGGAGGCAUCAAGGGGCAGCUUGGAUUCAAGCUUGCCGAGGACGAAGACACGAUGGCAACCCCGGUCUGUGUUUCCAUUGAUGAUCCACUCUAGUUCAAUCACCUUCCGGUUUAACCAUUUUGCGUGGUAAGUUAUGAAGGGGAAGAAGACCAAAAGAAACAUUUCAUUUAGAAUGUGAAUAUUAGGAAACAUAUGGUUUACUCUGUAGUCAGGUCUCUGCUUUCUAGGUUCGUGGUAGAUUCUCUUCUGAACAGUGGACACUGAAGAGAUGGACACUUUUGGUUGGUUUUGCUUGAUCGGUUCACUUAGCUAGUCUGAAUUGUUUCUCAUUUGAAUGGA